UUGGAUCCUCCUAAAACAGUUGGGGGUAUGGAGAAAUCCUACAGAUCUACACUCUCUAUCUAUAAGAGAAUCCUGGAACAGUUUAACCCAGCACUGGAGAAACUGGUGUACCUAGGUGCCAAGUACAUGCAGGCCUUCCAUGCAUUAUCUGAGGCUGCUGAUGUCUACUUUACAGAAAUUCAGAAGAUUGGAGAACAAGCCCUACAGAGCUCUACUUCACAAAUAUUGGGUGAAAUUUUGAUACAGAUGUCUGGCACCCAAAUGCACCUGAACCGCAACCUGGAAGUAGUGGCACAGACCCUCCAUGUGGACUUGCUGCAGCAUAUGGAGAAAAACACCAAGCUGGAUGUGCAGUUCAUUAACGACAGUCGCCAGCGAUACGAAAGGGAAUACCAGCGCAGAGCUACCGUCGUAGAGAAAUGCAUGUCUGAUCUGUGGAGAAUGGAAAGAACUCGAGACCGAAACAUCCAGCAGAUGAAGGAGAACCUGAGGCACUUGCAUGCGGAGAUGCACGCCUUUGUCACUGAGAGCCAGGAGGCAGCUGAACUGGAAGAGAAACGUCGUUAUCGCUUCCUAGCUGAGAAGCACCAGCUACUCUCCAGCACUUUCUUGCAGUUCUAUACCAGGGCCCAGACCAUCAUUCAGACCAACGCACCAUUGUGGAAGGAGCAGUUGGAGGCCACCCGCAAUCCUGCCCAGAAUUUCCUUAGCUCCUCCCACAGCCAGGGCCACCCAGCGGGCCACCUGACUCCUACUCACUUGGAGAUGCCUCAGAGACCUUUAGGUGACUUCAGCUCAGUGACAGCAGCACGUAGCUCCAGCCCCUUCGUUCAGGGUGCAUCAGAAAUCUUUCCCUCCCUUCAUCCUGAUCCAAGGAGAAGAGGCUUACCAAGGACUCCAUCUGUUGGCUCCCUCUCCACUGGCCAACGUUCUCGCUCCAGCUCAUUUGGAGAACAGGCAGCUGGAAGAGCAGAAGCAGAGGGCAAAGCAGAGAAAAGCAACAGUACAUUGAAGGUCCAGGCCAUUGCAUCCCAUGCUGCUGGCUCCAACCAGACCCUUCUGCAAUUCAGCCUCGGAGACAUAGUCACUGUACUGAUACCAGAAUCACAGAACGGUUGGCUGUAUGGGAAGCUGGAUGGUACAUCCAUGAGUGGCUGGUUUCCUGAAGCUUUUGUGAAGCCAUUAGAGACAGCGCAAGACCCUGUGGAGACAGUCCCCAGAGCGUUUCCUCUGCGGAGCAGUCACAGCAUAGAAGAACACUUGAAUCGGCCCAGUGCCCCAUCUGCAGGUGAUUACAGGACCAACCCUAGCAGAAGUCAGUCGCCAAAUCCUUCUCUUGCUCUGCUGGGGGCAGGCAGCCGUCGCAGUAGUACAGCCAGUGCUGCAGGCAGCACAGACGCCAAGAAGCCACCAGCAGGAUGGGAGCAUCCCCCAGAACUCUUCCCCAAAGGGACCAAUCCUUUUGCCACUGUCAAGCUACGCCCAACUGUGACCAACGACCGAUCGGCACCCAUCAUCCGCUGAAAGCGGGUAAUGCAGGUGGGGGUGGCUGGCACAAAGUUGUAGAGGACAAUCAUCCCUGUUCCAGGGCACAGCUUGGCUUGAUUUGGGAAGCAGUUUCUCUCAAAGCGGCUAACCUCAGUAUUGGCAGUUCCGGGAACUUCUUUCCCACAUUUGCUUUCUUGUAGCAGUCAGUAGGGCCAUUUUGUUAUUCAUCUUUGCGUGUCCACGACCGCUUCAGUGUCUGAACAUAUAACAUGCAUUUGUUUCCCAUUUGUAAGGUACGGCCUUGCAUGCAUUUUGCCCAAAUUAUGCUCUUUGUUAAUGAGGACAUCACCAUUUCUGAGUCCUUGGAGUAAGCGAUUGUCUCCAGGCCUGAAGCAAGCUCUCUCGACGCCUGAAGGAGAGAAACACAUGCUGCCACUGCGCAACAUGCCCUCCCACUGCUAUGGUGCAAUGCUCCUGUCCUCCUUGUGAUGGCCCCUGUGAUGCUGCAGCUCCCCAACUCCCCACCCUCACGGCGGCCGCCUCAACACAGCUCUCUCCCUGCUGCUUCCAGCCCCAUCCUGGAAAUCUGUGUGGAAGCACUUCCUUCUACUCCUGUCAUAUCCAGAGAUUCCCACAGAUGCUCAUAACUAGUAAAAAAAAAUUAGGAAAUCCAGUUUGCUGUACUCUUGAGCAGUGUUCAGUGUUAAAGGGCCUGCUUAUUAGUACUGCACAGGAUUUAAUCACAUCUUGGGUAAUUGUGAAGGACGUAGUACUGGCUAUUGUCCUGCAGCGAGGCAGAAAAAAUACAGGAGAACCCAACCUAGUCAAUCCUGACUGAAGAUGAAAAUUGCUAUCGAAGUAUUUAGUCGUACAAGAAUUAAAGGGAAUAAUCUGCUCAAAGAAAUCUGCCGCUGAAUCUACUAGAAAUCCAUCUUAACAGCUAGGUAAAUUUCUUGGGUCAUGUAAUUUGCAGAAUUGUCUGUUCCUGCCAUUUGUAAGAGAUUUAGAAGCCUUUUUGCCUGGCUGUUUCCUAUCACAUCCAUCCACUGUGUUAUCAGCCUUGAUAAUUAGAAUUUUAAAUAACUAUACCUGCAUAAUCUUCCCUCCCUGUCACUGUGAAUUUCUGAAAAUAGUACUAACAAAGUUGUUUUUGUAAAAA